AUGGUCUCUCUGUUCCCGUCAUGGAAGGCGAUACCGGUCGCUACUGUACCAGGCGGUGAUGAUCUCGCAAAUGCUCUUCGGAGUGACAGCUUGGCAUUCACCACUUACCGCCACUCAAAGGGAGAGAGGCUACGACCGGAAUACGCAAUCCCAAAGACAACACCCAAACAACGGAACCACGAACAGAGACAAAGGGGAGGACGGACACCGAUGAAGGCUCAAACCUGGCAGAAGGGAGGAUGCCUCUCGGCACCCCUGGGAACUGUGGCAGGGGACUGGGAGAACCAGAAGGCAUACACCCAGGCACCAUAG